UCAAAGUGUCAAAGUGACAUUUGGUGGAUAGGUUAUGUCAUCAAAACACAACACCCCUUUUUUUUUUAAAUACUAAAAUAAAAAGUAAUGGAGCCUUCAAAGGAGCCUACUUUAAACUUGCUCAGUUCAAAAGACUUUGUGCCUGAAAAAUAUGUUCGUGACUUAUCCCAGAGCUUAGUAGGUGGCCCUGAACUGCGAAGGCUCAGAAAAAAGAUCCAAGCAUUAUAUGAAGAGACGAACAACAACUUAAAAAGGAAUGUUUACCACAAUUACAUGCAAUUUAUUGAUACCGCCAAGGAAAUAUCACACUUGGAGAGUGAAAUGUACCAACUGUCCCACUUACUGUCUGAACAAAAGGCGUUGUUAGCUGCUUUAUCAACAACUUCAAUUUUAGGCGAUGAAACGCCCAUGAUUACAGGGGCUGAGAAUAAGAAUGAUGCGUCUGAACGUGGUGACGAAAACAGACAAAAAUUAGCGUCAAUUUUGGAGAAAGUCGAAGGCUGCAAGGAGUUGCUGGAAGUGCCGGGUCGAACUUACCUUCAUGAAGGUGACCUGUUGGAAGUGGAUCCUGUGGAUAAUAAUACUAUAAAGACAGUUCACGCGUAUUUAUUCACAGAUGGUUUUAUGACUACGUAUAGGAACACCAAUAAUAGGGGUUUAAUGAAAUAUGUCUUUGAAGUUAUGUACGAACUGGGAAGUUUGGCUGUAGUGAAUGUUAGAGAUAUUGGAAAUAACAAACACCAGUUCAAGUUGCUUAUUUUUCCAGAUACUAGAGUCUUUCAAUGUACCGCGAGCUCAAGCAAGAAAGAAUGGUUGGACAAAUUUGAUCAAGCAAAGAAAGCCCGCCUAACGCAAGAGCAACAAAAACGCGAAUCCAUUGUCGAAAAAUCGCCAUCCAGAUCUGCCUCCAUCGAAUCACCUAGUUUCAAUCCAUUUGAAGACAUGGAAGAAGACGUUGGCACCAUCCACCCUGAAUGGUUUAUAGAAAUUCCUGAAGAACUAGACGUAUGUGUGGCGCAAAGACAUUUUGAAGAAGCUCUGAUCUUUCUCCAAAAAUCCAAAGAUUACAUCACUCAAUUCGUGAACACCAACGGUCAGCCAGAUCACGUUAUUAUCGACAUCCAAAGGAAAGUUGAAUUGAGGCACAACAAUUUGACAGAAGUUCUGAUGAAAGAACUUGAAGUCAACCCUGACAAAUCUCAGCAAGGAGGUUUAAGGGCUGCAAGACGCGCCGUGAGACUUCUCAACCAACUUGGAAGGUCAACCCAGUCUUGUGAUUUGUUCUUAAAAUUAUGUAGUAGUAUUCUGAAGACGCAGUGUAAAAGAGUGAAGAGGGAAUGCUCCACUGCGAUGUACGUGCGUCAUUUGUCGAGUGUUGUUUUCACGAAUAUGUGUCACAUGACCGAGGAGUUCCUGCGAGCGUUUCCGAGCUCGUCUAGCUGUUCAUCAGCCUAUGUUGUGUGGGCUAGUAAUGAAUUGUCGCUGUUUACAAGUCACUUUAUUAAACAAGUGUUUAUGCCGCAAACUUCUCUCUCUACAUUGACGGAAUGUGUAGUUCUUGUUCGAUCACAAUGUGAAAGGUUAUGUUCUUUUGGUGUUGAUCUUUGUUACCAAUUGGAUGGUGCACUGCGCACUCCUUUGAUGCAGGCACUUAAAGAUACACGCGAUAAAUCUAUAGAAGUAGCUAAAUUGCGGGCCCUGGAAGAUAAAUGGAUUCCUAUGAAUCUGCGUUCUAAGACUGGUUUAGCUAGGUUCCUUCUUCAGUACUCAGAAAUGGGUUUGAAGCUGGAUGACUACGUCACAGGAGAUAUUUGGAUCCAGCUCACCAACAGCACGCUCGUUUUCGCCAAGCUAUAUCUGACUCUACUUAAUGACUGUCUACAAUUGGAAACUACAGAACUCCUUCACACAAUAAAUGAGGUUCUGUAUGAUGUUUUUGAGGCGCAAGUACGUCACGUCGAGUCUUCCUUGCGAAACGAAAAACAAGUAGAGCAAAGAAAAUUCAUCACUAAAAAUGCCGACUUUCUACUGGUCAUACUCCAAGAUUUGUGUCAGAAAAAAUACAAAGAGACAAUAGGCUUUGAAUGUGAGUCACUUCAUAAACUUAAAAAGGAAUAUUCGGCGCUCAUCAAGGGUGUUUCCCCCACAAGUAGGAGUACAAAAACAAAGUAUUCAUCAGAAUUUUUGUGAUUGUGUAAUGGUUACAAUAAAUAAUGCUAAGUGUAUAAUAUUAAAAUAAAAAUCUAAUUAUCAUUA